AUAUCGAUCAACUUUUCUAGGUUAUUUAUUGUGACUUUCCCCGGAUUUUCCCCCGUGAAAAGUAGAAGUGGAAAGUUAGUCUUUUUGUACUCUUGUCCUGUUCCAUUUUGCCCAAUUGUAGCUGUGGAUAAAGUUAAAUUCAUGAUCAAACGUCGAUUUUCUGUCCGUGUGAAGUUAAAGCACCAUGACUUCAACAAUAUGCAAGCAUGUCAGUGCACCCUUUCUUGCAUUAAAUUAUUGAAUGUGGUAAUCAAAAUGAUUUCUUUGUGCUGCAACAACUGACGAUUUCUUAACUCAGUGCUUUCCCUUCCUAAAUCCGUCUUUUGCAUUCACCCAUUUAGUUUGGUGUUUUGAGACAUCACUCUUUGUUCCGUCCAGUGCUAAUGUUUGGAAAAAAUUCAGCAAAAUGUCAUAAGAAAGGGAAUCAUGCUGAAAAGAAAAACUUACUGCCUGUUACCUCCGUAGUAUCCAUCCAUGAAAAGAAUUUACGCUUUGUAUCUCUGCCUGUAAUCGUUUGUUUUUCUGUAAUACAUUCUUGUUUGCACUUUUUGCUUGUGCUCUGUAAAUACCUUUGGAGCUCCAUUGUUAAAUUGUACAAUCUUCGUAAACUGAAGUUCUUGAAUCGUAGAAUUGAAAGUUCUGUUGUCAUAACUGAACUACCGUGUGAACCUGUUGAAGAUCAGCCAGCUGCACCGGACAAAAUGAGGUCGAAUCUAAGCCACUCUGUCAGUAACAACGUCAAUGAGCUGCUAAUUAAACAGAAAGAGCAUCACCGGAAAGCUUUUGACUGCAUUACCAAAGCUCUCAAGAUUGAUGAAGAUAAUGGUAACCCCGAGGAUGCUGCUAAAUUCUAUAAGCGAGGCAUCGCAGAACUGGAAAAAGGAAUUGCAGUGGAUUGUAGCGCUGGUCGUGGAGAAGUGUGGGACAAAGCGAGGAAACUCAGUGACAAGAUGAAGACUAAUUUAGCAAUGGCCAAGGAUAGACUGAAUUAUCUUGAAACGCACCAAAGAUUGCAAGUGAUGGGAAUCAGAAACAAUGGUCGACCAGCAUUGCCGAAAAGCAAAACUUUGCCUCGAUCCAUGGGUUCGCGAAACGCCGCUGCAUCUAUGCAACCUGGGAACAGAUCUAAUACUCCGCCUGCGCUCAAGAAACAGCUCUCGGGUCCAACUAGUUUAAACUGCUCUCCAUCACAUUCGAUGGCGACACGGUCCAAACCUGUCACGCCUCAAAAACCAAGUAACUGCCUGAAAGGAAUCGACACGAAGCAUGCCCAAAUUAUUUUAGAUGAAGUCUUAGAAGGUGGACCUCCUGUUCACUGGGAGGAUAUUGCAGGGCAAGAGGUUGCCAAACAGGCAUUACAUGAAAUGGCAAUUCUCCCUGCUCUCCGACCAGAGCUCUUCACUGGUUUACGCUCUCCUGCAAGAGGACUACUUCUCUUCGGACCACCUGGGAACGGUAAAACAUUACUAGCCCGAGCAGUGGCUACAUCGUGCAAUGCUACUUUCUUUAGUAUAAGUGCAGCUAGUCUUACUUCAAAGUAUGUUGGUGAGGGUGAGAAGUUAGUCCGUUCCUUGUUUGCUGUGGCUCGAGAAUUGCAACCAUCUAUAAUAUUCGUUGAUGAAGUGGACUCAUUUCUUAGCGAGAGGAGAGAAGGUGAACACGAGGCCAGUAGAAGACUGAAAACAGAAUUUUUAAUCGAGUUUGAUGGUCUGCACUCAAAUUCUGAGCAUCGCCUUCUUGUCAUGGCAGCAACCAAUCGCCCACAAGAACUAGAUGAAGCUGUCCUGAGGAGAUUCACGAAGAGGAUAUACAUAAGCUUACCAAACGCUGAAACGAGGAAAGCUUUGCUGCAAAGACUGCUCAGUCGGCAUGACAGUCCUUUAUCUGAAAGGGAACUAACGCAAGUUGCAAAAAUGACCGAAGGUUAUUCGGGUAGUGAUUUGACUGGUCUAGCCAAGGAUGCAGCUCUCGCUCCCAUCAGAGAGCUGCAGUUCGAUCAAGUGAAAAACAUGGACCCUUGUAAAGUUCGCAAGAUAACUUUCCAAGACUUUGUCGAAUCACUGAAAAGAGUCCGCCGGAGUGUGUCUCCAAGCACUUUGACAGCAUAUGAAAAAUGGAAUCAAGACUACGGUGAUAUUAGUUUAUAGGUUGUUUUCAAAAUUUUCCGUUUCUUUAUUGUUAUCAUUUUUGCCAGCUGUACCUCUUAAUUAAAAUUCAGUACCAUUCUAUCUCAACCAACUGCUCUCUUUUGAGGUAGGUCAAUUCUUUAAAAAAAAAACUGUUUUGUAUUGUUUCUAAGUGCCAUUAUAAGGCAUUUGCUUUACCCUCUAAUCAAGGCGAAUAAAGAAUAGUAGUCGCAUUUUGCACCUUCUGGACAUCACACAGCAUCGGGUACGUUUCGGGUACAUCCUGAUAGCAUGACAAAGCAUGUACCCUCUGCGCGUCACAGCCUUUAAAAUGGCGGCUCAACUCGAAAUGCGGCCACCUUUCUUAUCCGCCCUGCCCUCUAAUGUUUGAACACUUUCAACGAUAAAAAUUUAAUUGUCUGCAAAUCAAUGGCACAAAGAAGCAUGGGCUUUUUUCUCUAUAAAAGUGAUGAUUUCCAUGCUGCCUAUUGCAUCGAAUCCCAAGAUGGGUCUUUUCCUCUACCCUUUUCGUCAUAAGUCAACCUUACAAUUUCAAUGUGCCUCGUUCCUAAUUCUCUCAUUUUGAUGAUUAUGACUGUUACGGACAGAAGAAGUUCCUGCAAAAUUUGAUCUGUACCUUCAUUCACAUUUGAUUUCGUAUUUACAUUUAUUCGAUACUUGCGAUGUUUGUAUUUUUAGUUCUUUCCCCUUGUUUUAUUUAGCGUAGCUUUUCAAUGUUUGUCAUGGACCCGGUGCUUUAGAUUUUUGUUACUGUUUAUAUUCUUUACUAACAGGCAUAUUUUCUUGAAUUAAUUCUUAAUUCUGUUCUAAAUUGAGCUACUUACACCUUGUUUACACUUAUGAACUUGUCCUCAAGCAGCUUUAAACAGUCGCUAGGAGAGAAGUCAGUUUGAUGACUUAGUUUUAGCUGAGUUAAAGUAUUUCUGACAAUGAGAAAAGUAAGGCCAUCUUUCGACUGUUCUGACUCCUGCUUGAGGCUUUUUAAAGUAGUUUGACAGUAGUUUGUCCUUGUCGGUCCACUCAAAGUGUUUUACCGGCAAGAAAUGAGUCCUCCUGCAUUUAGUGGCCAUCAAAACAUGAACAUGUUGCCGCCUAUAUUUUAUUUUAUUUCUUUUUAUUUUUUUCCAAGUAUAUCCUCUGUCAUCUUAGUUUAGGUCUUAUUUUUUAUGGACAUUUACUUUUCCUCACUUGCACCAGUAGGAAUUUAUUUACGUUUCUGCUAAAAUCUGUUUCUUCCUCUACCUGAAGGGCAAAGAGGAAGUUGGAAAGUUUCAGCAACCUUUAGAAUAGAGUUAUUUUCUGCAAACAAAUCUACUCACCUGCCUACUUUUUUGCUUUUUGGUUCCCCUUCCAACUGUUUUUAACUCGAGUAGGGUUCGGCUCAAUCGGGGAUCAUUGUCAAUUUUUAAUAAUUUUUACCUGUUCCUCCAGAUUUUUUUUUUUUUGUGAUUUUCUCCUAUCCAAUGAUCACUUUGACCAAACAUAGGCCAUCAACAGGCCAAAUACUCACGAGGUACACAAGGUUACAGAAAGAGUUAGUUUUAUAAAAGUUUUUCAGGUUUUGAAUAAAAUGAUUCCAAAAAAAAGAAAAAAAGUGACCACUUUAACGUACAUUGCGAGUUUUUAGUUCCAUGAUGAUGGCCAUUGUUCGGCCAAAAUGAUCAUAGCCUGGAGUAAAAUUACAAAAAGAAUAUCGAAAAGAACAUAUGAAGUUAUUAAACAUUUAAUUUAUUGUUUAAAACUUGACAAUCUAUAUUCACAUGAGGACUGUAAUAAUCUCUCUUUUUACUCCAAGAAGGUUAAAUCAACAAAAUAGUUCGUUUGAAUAAGUGAUAAAGUUGCUAGACUGAGAGUGUAUGAUAUUAAUUAAUGUUGUAAUUGCUGUCAACAAGGCAGCAUUUCUAAUGUCGGUUUUGCAGUGAAAAAUUACCAAUAUACUUUUGAUCUUAUUUUUGUAAGUGUAUUUUGUAUCUUUACUUCAUAAAUAUCUCUCUCGGGAGCAGCAUGUUUAUUCAAUUGGCAUAAUACUUUACUGCUUUACUGCUAAGUGAUUUUAAAAAUAAGUUAGCUGCACUAUACUGCUGGCAGUUCAGUAUUAUAUUCUUGCAUUGAACCAUUGAUAAAUAUUAUUUUCUCUAUUGGCACUUCCUCGGUUUCAUAAGACAGUUUUGUGUUUUAAAUAAUCACACAGUUACGUACUGUGCUCCAAAUUCAUUUUUUUUCUCAUAAUUUUUUCCUCUCUAACUUCAACCUCUCAAUUGAUAAAUUUAUGUGGAUGGCUAUAAUCUAUGAAAAAAAGCAAGUCAGUCGAAAAAUCUCAAAACUUCUGCUUCAUUAUGCUUUCUCAGAGGGAAACUUACCCAUCAAUUUCUGAUAAUAGUUUGCCUUUAGAUAGAGAAAAUUGUGGAAGUCACAAAAAAACCCUACUCUAAUUUCUUCCACCCCCCCCCCCCCCCCAAAAAAAAAGAAAAAAAAAAAACUUUUAAGUAAGUACCGGUGUUAGUUCUCCUUUUCAUUUCCACAUCAAAUUUUCAUGUUCAAAUUUAUUUCAAAAUGUGCCGCUGAUCAAAUUGUUUCGCUUUAUUAUCAAUAUUGACAAGUUAAUUAACUGUUCGAGCAUCCGUCCAAUUCAAAUUCAAUUGCGUGAUGUGCUUUGAGCACACACAAUCUACUUUGUACAAAAUUCAAUUGCUUAUAAUGUCUUAAAACGUAUGCAAUUACUUUUUACUUCUUUUAGUGAAAGCUUUAUCAUGCAGCUGCAAUAAAAUAAUUACUCUUGUACGACCAACAACAAGUUAAAACGAGUCGUGAAUUAUAUUGAAAACCUUUGCAAAUACUUGAAUUAUUCUUUUUUGCUACACUUAUUAUUACUCAGAUUUUAUUUACAUCGCCGUUUCGUGGACAAAAGGACGUAACUCCACCUUCAUGUUGCCAAAUUUCUGCUCUAAAUGUGUAUUUCUAUUAAGAAACAAUAUAUAGUUCUUUUCACUGAAAAUUUCAGUUUUUUCCACUGAUUACUAUAAAAAUCCCCAAAAUUUGAGGCUGCAAUCGAUAACUCGUUUGAGUUACUCAUAUAUGUGAAAAUAAAAUUGUGUAAGUAGAUUUUGUAACCCUGGAAUGGAGAUAUGUUCUUUCGUCUGGCACACGACGGCAAAAGAGCUUUUAGUUUCAGCUGAUCAGGAAUUCGUUCGGAAACCGACAACAUUUUUCAUAUUUGUAGGCUGUAUUCGUCUGCCUUACAGUCUCUUCUUUUUUUAAGCACUGAUGUAUGUUCGGAAAAAUUGCUCAUAUUUGUAGAAGCUUUGCUUCUGCAUUACGCCUUUGUUACUCAAAUUGAUUCACGUUACUAUAAGAAAAAUUAUAUUAAGUUGUUUUAGUUGUAAGAAGAAGCCAGUAGAUGCGAUAUAGUCUCUGCUUAGAUAAACAUAUUCAACUUGUAUAUAAUUCCUAGUCCUAAUUGGAGCAGAUCAUAUGAUAUGCUUUCAGCUGUGAUUUAUAUUUUGUCUGAUCUUAUUAAAAUUCAUCCUAGAAAGGAAUCUUUCCUUUCCAUUUAAGGUUGUUCCUGAGCACCUCAUAGAGCGAUUUAAUCGCGGAUGGAUCAACUGAUAAUUUCUGGAUUUUAGAACAUUUUUCAAGAACUUCCAAGCAUCUUACUACGCCGUGGUGCAUCAGGUAUUUGAACACAAAAUAUGAUCAAGAAGCAAGUCAAAAUGACUCCAAAAGUUCGGUUUGAGUGAAUACUGCUAAUGGAUCGACAGAAAGAUUUGCGAUGUUCAUUUGGACUGUGCUGCUUUGAAGUGUAUUUUGGCUAGAAAUACCUGACGCAGUGCAGCGAAAUGAGAUGCUUGGAAGUUCUUAAGGAAUGUCCUAUAAUCCAGAAAUCAUCAAUUGAUUGAUCGACAGUUGAAUCGUUUUCCAAAAAGCUGAAGAACCACCUUAAGGGAGAUGAUUAGCAGAAGAAGCAGAAGCAGAAGAUUAGAAACAGAAACUUUUUGUUGAAAUAUGGAGAUUGAAAAAUAAUUAAUUUUUGAGCGUGGAGAAAAUGCAGGAGUGGGUGGCCAGUUAAAAUUCAAAGGCCAUUCUCCGCAUCAUUUGAUGAUGUUACUGGAUAUGACAGGGUGAAUUUUCAGUUUUUAAGAAAAAGCAACCUUUUACAGCAAAAUUGACCAAUAUUAAAGUUCAAUUAGUUCAAGCAUGGUGCCAAAUUAAGGGGAAACAUAGUUUUGGUGAUUGUCUAUGUCCAUGUGCCUAGUCUCUAUCUUUGUUCAUGUGUGCAACACCGGUGGGUGAAAUCCUCAAUCGACCAUCAUUUUCUGUAAUCUCUCUGUAAUAUCUGUUCGUUCUCUCCGGCCCCUUUAAUAUUUUAGUCCCUUGCGAUCAAUUUUUUUAAUAUUAAGGUAUGCUGUAGUUGUUGCAUUCUAAUUUUAUGAAGUAAAUUUCUCUAUGGGAAGUGUGCCAGAAAUUUCGCAUCGACCAAUCAUCAUUUAGUUUUUCUCAACAUUUAUAAAUAUAAAGGUAGGCAUGCUAAUCAGAGUAAAAGUGUGGACAAAGCUCAAGAGACUCAUUUGAUAGGCUGCUAAAAAAACGGGCGACCUUAUCACAUUUUUCAAACACAGAGUCAGUUUACAUCAGCUCUGUUACCACAUUAGUAAAUUACACUGAGAGUAUCUUAAAAUGCCCCACUGUUCUUUCUCAUUAUGAUCUACCGUAUUAGCAACAUACAUGCCAUUCCUUCUUGUACCAGGAGUGGCCAGAAUUUUCAUCUCAAAAAUCCCCGACCCUUUAUACAUCGCAAGCCAUGUAAGAUUCAAGGUCCUAGGCUAAACAUAAACAUGCCUCUGCGACAUAGUGUCAAGCUUAUGAGGCAGAAGUCAGUUAGCUGUUAUCAACCUCAAAUCAGUUGUAAACAAAUAUUUUUUUGACCCUGGCUUCAGUGCCUUUUUUCGACUGCUGUCAAAAUUUUAACCAUGUUUUACAGGCCCCCAGCGAACAGUUGCUAGAGACUUAUUGGCAUGUAAUGUGUUGACAUUCCUCAAAUUUUUAGAUUUUAGUUCUCGGUCAAAAGAUUUUUUAUUCUGUGUAGAUCGUGCGGCCUUGAAAAGUGCUUGAUCAUUUUCUUACAGUCAAGUGUGUCAGGUCCUUCAUUACAUUUAAGCAAUGUGACAACAUCUUAUUAACUCGAGAACAAGACCAAUCCACACAGGUGAGUCAUUCCAUUAAACAAAUUUCGAGACCCUUUUGCACAUUAGUGCAGGAAGUUUGAAGGCAAUGCAUUCCUUACGGUAGACGCCCAUUCUAUGUCGCACUGGCUGCGGUUGAGUGAAGGUCAGAUGCGCGAUGACUGACCUGUGAGGAUUGGUUUUGUUUGAGAGUGUUAAUUUUAAAUCUGAGAUGCAGGAAAAGUUCUUUUCUGUUCAUAACGGUAUUAUCUAAAGAAUCUAGAGGCUUAGAGAGAUGAUCACAGCACAGCUUAAUAUUGCAAUUCAUCAAUAUUGUGGGAAAAUAUUUGAAAAUUCCUGUAGGAAGUGAUAGAAAUUUGCUCGUACUAUGCUUUUAGGCUCCAUCUGAAAAGCCGUUUUCCCGCCAGCAGUCAAUUAAAAUUGGAAAGAGUUAAGCGGUUACAUACAUACUGACGUGUUUCAAAAUCUGAUUUCCUACCUAUUUCAAUUUUUUGGAAGGAAACCAACCAGCUUUACUUGAAAAUUUUUCUUGCCCGCAAGAAGAUCAUACCAUAAUAUUAUAAAAUUGUAAGCAAAAAUGUCGGUUGGUUCCCUUCCAAAAUGUUAAAAUAGCAGAUGAGGUUUUGAAACCUUGCAAUGUAGAUAUGACAGUAUCACUUAGCUCCAUUCAUUCAAGUAGACGACUUUCAAAUUUAAUCAGUGCUUGUCACGGUACAAUUUUUCUAUUCUAAAUCUAAUUUUUGACUUAUUUUUUUAGCUUAGUAGCAAAAGAGCUGGUUUACAGAAAUAUGUCAUUUUUUUUUUUUUAAUAUACUGAUCGGCGAGUAUUUCAAAAGAUGAGUAGCACUCCCUAUUGUCUUUUUUUAGUCGGAGCUCUCUUUCUUUAAGUCUCUAGGUAAAUUUCUAAACUUUGAACAUUAAUUCAACAGAAGCUUUCCAGGUAAACCAUUCAAUAGUUAAUUUGGAGGGUUAAUAUAGGAACUUUCCAGAACUUUAUGGAGGCAAUAGUACUUAUUAAGCAACAGGAUGGUUGGCCAUGAAUUUUUUGAAAGAGAAAUUUUUUCAUUCUUGCAAGUGCUCUUCUCAUUCAUCUGUGUUAUGGAAGUAAAUGUAACUUUUCAUACUUGCUAAUUGUAAAUUUUUAUGCUGAUGUUUCUGAAUACAUGCAUUUUUGUUAUA